AUGGGGCAGCAACUGGACGACGAGCUGAAGAUAUACAAACGUAUCGAAGGGACUCCCCAGAAAUAUCCAGGCCGCAAGUACGUCAGAUCUUUGCUGGGCUUCUUUGAUGUCAGCGGGCCUGAAGACAAACAUCGAUGUCUCGUGCAUCCUCCAUUGUGGGAGAGUGUGUUGGAUUUUCUAUUCCGCAACCCGGUACAGAGACUACCUACACCAAUCUUGGCAGUGAUACUUCAUCGUCUAUUUCUUGCAUUAGACUACCUACAUACAGAAUAUAUCAAAGCAGAUAACAUUAUGUUCGGCAGUUCUGAUGAUUCCGUUUCCAGUGAUUUUGAAAACAAUGAGCCCCAAAACCCCUGUCCUAGGAAGGAGUUAAAUGGAAGAACAAUAUAUACCUCCCGUGACCUCAGAAUGCCUAAAGACUUAAGAGCGCCUGUCCUCUGCGAUUUGGCUCGGCCGUGA